CAGGAAGCACUGGAUUCCCGUCGCCUCCCUGCAGUUAGCACAUUCACUUGGGGGUUUUUCAGGUUCUUAGGAACGUUGGUGCUCUCUCUGUUCUAGUGUGUGGCUUGUCUGGAAUGGAGGGGUCGGAUGCAUUAUGAUGGAGCCAGCGACACACUUGCUCUGGGAAGUCGUACCUAGGGUUUGUCUCUUCUACGGUUGGCUGCGAAAUCCGUGGGUGAUGAGGGCACGAGAGCUAGGAGGGAAUGGAAAGUGAAUGGGGAAGCCUGUGAUGCUAAAUAUUAGCAACGGGCUUCCCCAGCAAGUUCGGUUCUAUGAUCCAUGAUGUCUGGGAAGAGGUGGAAUGUCACUGGAAUAUCAGCUUCACCCAGACUCAUUCCUCAGUGGAAGGACCUAAGAUUCCUCAUAAAUAAGAUCCUGAAGGACAUAAAGACUGAUGAAGGAACAAACAACGAUGUCGCUGUUUUGAGUGACUGGCCUGAAACUCUCUACCAAGAAUCUCACCAUCCUCAGAACAAGCCUUUAGUGUACUUCUACUUCGUCGAUGUCAACUAUUUUGUCUUCUUAAACUGGGUGGAACUGUAUGGAAAACAAAUGCAGGCAGUGCUUUGGGUACAGAAAAAAGAUACAGAUGCAAAAGGAGGGAUUGAGAAGGUGAAGUUUCAUGGAAUGGAACAAGUGCCACCCAUCGAAGCAAUGGUCCACACAGCUUCCUACCACAUGUUAAUUGCUUACUGUGGUGACAUGCGCCUGAGGCUCUUUGGAGAUCAUCGUCAAGCAUUCACACCUCUGGGUAUAGUGCCCUGUCAUUUCUCCAUCAGUUGCCUCUGCUAUGACUCGGAAGCGGAGAUGCUGCUGUCUGGCAUCCUGGGGGCUGUUGUGACCUGGUUUAUUUUACCAAAUGGCAGGGGCCUCCAGAUGGCUCAAACAGUACCCAUGCCUGGUGGUGAACUUGUACAGGGCUUGUCCCUGAAUACUUCCCAGGGCUCCCUGCAAGUUCUAUGUGAGAAUGCAGUGCGAGUCUUUACCCACCAGGGUCAGGGCCAGCUGAAAGAAGUAAAGAAGUUCACCCUUGUAACCAGCGGCUCCUCCAUCACUUGUUCCUUUGUUUGUGUCUCACAGGGCACUUUUUAUGCCGGAAACAGAGCUGGGGAGAUCCAUGCUUGGAGUUUAGACCAGAGUAACUUCCUCCACAGCUUCCAGGCCCAUUCUUUAUCAGUGCUAUGUAUCCAUAGUAGGCCAGAGACCUACACUUUACUAACAGCAGGUAGUGAAGGUGUACUGAGGGAAUGGAAUCUUGCUUCUGGGGAUUUGCUGAGGCAGAACCUGAAAAGAUCAUUGAACUGAAGAAAAGAAAGAAACAUGUUCAAGCAAAGAGCAGAGAGCUUAUUAAAAAGGCCCUAAAAGUUGCCAGCAGACGCAGGAUAGAAUUUAAAAAGGCUAGUGCUGUGAGUGUGACUUCAGAGGAUUCACAUGGAAAAAGAAAGGUCAGGGAAUCAGAGCAAGUUGACAGCCAGGUUGUUACCUUGGAACCAGAGCUACCACUCAGUACUUUCAGCCCACUCGAACCCCAAGAUGAUGUUGAAACAAAAGAGAGCAUAUUGGAGGCUACAAAAACCAAAGAGAGCAGAGAAGCUGUGGAGAUCACAGAGGGCAUAGAGACUACAGAUCAACAUAGCAUUAAAGAUGUUGAAGAAGUGAUCCAUAAGCUGGAAAGACAAGAACACAUUAAAAGGCUUUGGAAAAGGGCA